CUCCUCGUCCUCCUCCUGCUGCUCCCCCUCUCUCUCCAUCGUCUUCCCCCUUCGUCCUCCGAUUCUCGCCUCCUCCUCCUCCUCCUCCUCCGCCGCCGCCGCCGCCGCCGUCCUCCUCCACGAUGAAGAAGGCGGGCUUGAACCCCAACCUCAAGCUCAAGCUCUCCCUCCCUCCUCCCGAUCAGGACACCUUCGCCAAGUUCCUGACGCAGAGCGGUACGUUCAUGGAUGGCGACCUGCUCGUCAACAGGGACGGGUUUCGGGUCGUGUUGCAGAGCGAGGUCGAAGCGCCCCCCCUUAUCAAGCCAACAGACAACCAGCUGAGUUUAGCGGACAUAGACACAAUUAAAGUUAUCGGAAAGGGGAAUGGCGGAAUAGUCCAAUUGGUCCAACACAAAUGGACUGGGCAGUUUUUCGCAUUGAAGGUCAUCCAAAUGAAUGUUGAGGAGUCUGCAAGAAGGCAGAUAGCACAGGAACUCAAAAUUAAUCAAUCUUCGCAGUGUCCAUACGUUGUGGUCUGCUACCAAUCUUUCUAUGAUAAUGGUGCCGUUUCUAUUAUAUUAGAGUACAUGGAUGGAGGGUCGCUGGCAGAUUUUCUGAGAAAAGUUAAAACUAUUCCAGAGCCAUUCCUUGCGGCCAUUUGUAAGCAGGUGCUCAAGGGUUUGUUGUAUCUGCAUCAUGAGAAGCACAUAAUACACCGAGAUAUGAAGCCUUCUAAUCUGUUGAUAAAUCAUAGAGGAGAAGUCAAGAUUACUGAUUUUGGUGUGAGUGCUAUAAUGGCUAGCACAUCUGGACAAGCUAAUACCUUUGUCGGCACAUACAACUAUAUGUCUCCUGAGAGAAUCAUCGGAAACAAAUAUGGUUACAAAAGUGAUAUUUGGAGCCUGGGCUUAGUAUUGCUAGAGUGUGCAACAGGGAAGUUCCCAUAUACACCACCUGAUCAACAAGAAGGAUGGACCAAUUUCUACGAGCUCAUGGAAGCCAUCGUCGAUCAUCCACCACCUUCGGCAUCUUCUGAUCAAUUCUCUAGCGAGUUCUGCUCAUUUAUCUCUGCUUGUGUACAGCAGGACCCAAAGAAUAGAUGGUCUGCAAGUGAACUUAUGGGUCAUCCUUUCAUCAGCAUGUAUGAGGACUUGAAUGUUGAUCUUGCUUCCUACUUCACUAAUGCAGGCUCCCCACUUGCAACCUUUGAAACUUCGCUGCUUUUACCGAAGAUCUCUUGAACCGAGUGACUAUGCAGCUGGCAUGCUUUGGAUGGUUGGGUAACUUUAGUUUUCUUGACAAUCUAUAGAGUUUCUAAUAGGUUUUCUGAUAGAAGAAAAAAAGAAUUUCAAAAAAGCUCUUUGCCUUUGAAAGCCAUUAGCUGCAUUCACAGGCUAACUUUCUUCUAUAUGAAUUAGUAACUGAUGAUCAUUCUCCUUGAAGUAGGGGUUCCAGCAACUGGAGAUCUUUGGCUCUCUCAGAACUCAGUGAGCAGUUUCGAGACAAAUAAGUGGAUAACUUUAGGAGCUGGGAACUAUCUGCCCCGAGUCGAGUCUCUGAGUGUUGGCAGUUCAAGAGGAUUUCAUGGGCGUGAUUACUUUGAGCAAUGAAGGACAGCUGAUGUAAAUUCGCAUUUUCUUUCUUAUUGCAAGGUAGAUUAUUGGUCCUAUGCUGGAAUGUGAUAUGCGAGAAAUCCUGAUCAGUGCAUACGUCAGUUGAGAAAUGAUCUUGCUAGAGGUCUGCAAAGAUUCAUGACGGAAACUAUGAGAUGGCUCUUUAAAGCCCGGAAAUGGAGAAACUCGCGAUAUUAAUAGCGAUGAUUUUGUCAGA